GCGUUUGGCGCCCUGGAGGUGCGUGGUCAAAGGAGUUGGGUGAUUUAUAUUUUGUUUCGAGGGUGUCCGGGAGCUCCCUUUUAAUGAUGUCAGAGGUGAGGUCUGAACGCGGUGCCCUGUGGUCUGAUGCCGAGACCCUGGCGCUGAUCGCCGUCUGGAGUGAGGAGAAUGUGCAGACGGCGCUGGACGAGCAGCUCAGGAACAGUCACGUUUUCAAGUUCAUCUCCUCGCAGCUGCUGGACCAGGGUUAUAUCCGCACUCCAGAGCAGUGCCGCAUCCGCAUCAAGGGGCUGAAGAGGAAAUACACGCUGGCCAAGGACAGCAUUAAGAGAGGCUGUAGCGCCAGCGGCAGGAAGAUCUGUCGCUUCUACGAGCAGCUCGAUGUUGUGCUCGGUUCCCGGAUCGCCAAUGAGCGGCCCAUCUUUAUGGACGCGAUCGCGACAGCGGGAGAGUCGCAGGAUAUCAAAGAGGAGCAGAACAGUCCUCGUUCCGACAUCAGUCAAAGGGUUGAAUGCCGGAAUGGCCAUUGUUCUUCCGAGGAGCCUGAGCACUCGUUAGGAGAGACCAGCAACCGUCCAUUUGAACCGCAACCCUCCACCAGUGCUUUCUGUAAACACCCGAGAAAUCUUGGAAUGCCCGGAUCAUCUAACUGUCAAAUAGCUCAAGUCGUCAAGCCACAGGCUGCAAUUCUGCACAAUCAGUAUGCGACAAGAAAAUUCAACCCGACUAAAUCACCCCGUGUGCGACGUGCACACUCAUCUGUACAACUUGCGCCUCAGCCAAAGAAAGCAAAGAAGCACUCACUGGAAGACAUAAUGGAUGGUAUGAUGGAGAAGUUCAUCCGCUACAGUGAAGCUGCUGAUGAAAAAUUUCUACGUUACAUGGAGGCAUCAGAAGAACGAUUUGCUCGUCUUGAGCAACUCCGUAUGGAAAUGGAGGAAAGGAUGAGACAAAGUGAUCGAGAACAUGAAGCUCGUGUUCUAUUUAUGUUGGGACAGAUGAUGGGUCACAACAUGGCUAACUUUCCAGCCACAUCGUCAACUGCUGAGGGUGAAAUAACUGAAAGGAAAGUAUUUUAG